AUGGUAUCCCCCGAUGAGAAGCAAGAUGAGAAGCCAUUUCUCCCUCCUCCGGCAUCUGCGUCUGCCUCCGCCUAUGCUAAAGCUCAGAAACAACACUCUGCAUUGGUGAUAUUGGGUGUAGUUGCUUUCUAUUGGGCCGCAUCGCUCGCGCUAGUAUUUUUAAACAAAUUCAUACUAAGCACAUCGGAAUACAAGUUUCCCUAUCCGUUGUUCGUUACUUGGUUCCAACUGGUUAUUGCAUUGCUUAUAUUGCUCGUAUGGGGAGGUCUUGGCACAAGAUUCAAGGCUUUCUCUCUUAUUCCACCACACGAGUUGGAUUUAGCAAUAGCGCGCAAAGUUAUGCCACUGAGCUUUAUCUAUGUCCUCAUGUUGGCAUUUAACAACUUGUGCUUACAAUAUGUGGAAGUGACAUUUUACCAGGUUGCUCGCUCUCUCACUAUUGUUUUCAACAUCAUCUUCACUUACACCCUUCUCGGUGCCAAAACUUCAGUCGCUGCAUUGUGUGCAUGUGCGAUUGUAUUUUCUGGUUUCGUCAUCGGCUCGUACGGUGAACUCAAUUUUACUUGGGAAGGCGUUAUUUACGGCGUAGCUUCCAGUGCAUUUGUUGCAUUAUAUGGAAUUUAUGUCAAAAAGACUCUUGUCGUUGUCGGUAAUAAUCAAUGGCGACUUCUUCACUAUAACACUACCCUAUCAAUCGCUUUCCUCUUCCCUCUUGUUGUUCUGGCCGGGGAACUUCAGGAUAUGUUUGCAAAUGUCUACUUCUUCGACGAACCUGCAUUCUGGAUAUUAAUGGUUCUCACAGGCAUCACAGGCUUUGUGAUCAAUAUCGCCAUAUUCCUUCAAAUUAAAUACACGACUCCUUUAACCAACAACAUUUCGGGCACCGCCAAGAGCUGUGUCCAGACCGCGCUUGCUGCAUGGUACUUUGCUAAUCCAAUCAGUGUAUUGAACGGCAUCGGUAUCAUCCUUGCGCUCUUUGGUUCGGGAAUGUAUUCGUGGGUGAGGUACAAGGAGAUGGUAAAGAAGUAG